AUGAAACAGUUUUCACUGUUUAACUGGAGUUAACCUCAAGGUGCUUGUUAAAGUGAACAUGCACGGUGACUAUUACUGAAGCUCACUUGAGUGGCGUAAAUGGGUGAACCUACAGUUUUCUGACUCUAUGUGUGAAAUUUGAGGGUGCCUGUUGUAUGGGAUUGUAGAAAUAAUCUAACACUUGAUUUUCUCUAGUCAUCAUGUAAUCCAUGUUAGUCAUGCUUUUCCUGGAUUUCUUUGAAUUUUGCUUUCUGAAUAUUCAAACAAGGUGGGGUUUUUUUGUGUGUGUGUGUGUGGUGUUUUGUUGUUUUUGUUGGUUUUUGUUUGUUUGUUUGUGGGUUUUUGUUUGUGGUGUUGUUGUUUUCUUUGGGAGCGAUGUAUACACAAUAUCUUCUUCAUAGGAAGUGUUUUAAUUUGGAGCCAAACCUCUGAAAUUGUGUGAGUGCACAGAAUAUCUAUUCUACUUGCUCUGCUCAGCCCAUGCCCCGUAAAAGUUCCAGAACAAGGGUAAGGUAUUGGGGAUUGCUGAAGUUCCAGGUUUCUCAAAAAGCUGAAAAGUUAUUUAUUAACUAAAACUGAGAUGAUGAUGGAAGAAUGCUGAAAAGGAUAGAGGAAGGGAGAAAGCCCUCCAUGUUUCCCUGUAGUGACACCCUGCUUUUUUCCAGGCAACUACGAGCUGGCUAACUCUGAGGUGGUUAAAAAUCAUGUAACCAGAAGCAAUUGCAACAGUGCUUCGAAGAAUUCUGCUUCCAGUUGUGACAGAGAAUCACAAAGUGUGGACUUUGAUCACAUUAUGGAAGAAGGCUAUGAACUUGACCUCACUUACAUCACAGAGCGGAUUAUUGCUGUAUCUUUCCCUGCUAGCUGUUCUGAGGAAACUUACCUCCACAAUCUACAAGAUGUAACCCGAAUGCUCAAAUCCAAACAUGGCAAUAAUUACUUGGUAUUAAACCUCUCUGAAAAGAGAUAUGACCUUGCCAAGCUUAACCCAAAGAUUAUGGAUGUGGGUUGGCCUGAUCUCCAUGCUCCGCUUCUUAAUAAGGUGUGCACCAUCUGCAAGGCUAUGGAAUCAUGGCUGAACAAUGAUCCUCAACAUGUGGUGGUAAUACACUGCAGAGGGGGAAAAGGAAGAAUAGGUGUAGUCAUAUCAUCGUAUAUGCACUUCAUCAAUGUUUCUGCAAGUGCUGAUCAGGCUCUAGACAGAUUUGCUAUGAAGAAAUUCUUUGAUGAUAAAGUUUCAGCUUUAAUGCAGCCAUCCCAAAGAAGAUACGUGCAAUUCUUAAGUGGCCUUCUAUCUGGAUCUGUGAAAAUGAAUGCAACCCCUCUUUUCCUGCACUAUGUUAUUCUUCAUGGCAUCCCAACCUUAGAUGCUGGGGGAGCUUGUCGGCCUUUUCUGAAGUUAUACCAGGCUAUGCAACCAGUUUAUACAUCUGGAAUAUAUAUAGGGUCAGAAAAUCAAAACCGAAUCUGCAUUGCUAUAGACCCUGCCCAGCUUUUGAAGGGAGAUAUUAUGAUGAAGUGUUAUCACAAAAAAUACCGUUCAGCUACUCGUGAUGUGAUUUUUCGCCUUCAGUUUCACACUGGAGCUAUUCAAGGACAUGGCCUGGUGUUUGGCAAAGAAGACUUGGACAAUGCGAACAAAGAUGACCGUUUCCCGGAUUACAGCAAAGUGGAAUUAGUGUUUUCAGGAACUCCAGAAAAAAUUCAAGGAUGUGAACACUAUCAGAAUGAUCAUGGAAUAAUAGUUGAUUACAAUACCUCAGACCCACUAAUACGCUGGGAUUCCUAUGAAAAUAUGAGCCCUGAUGGGGAAGUGCUGCAUACCCAAGGUCCCAUUGAUGGCAGUCUCUAUGCAAAAGUGAGAAAGAAGAGCUCUUCAGACAACAACAUCCCUGGUGUUGCUCAGGGUGCUCCUGUGACUGGCAGUCCUGAUCACAGUGAUCAUACCCUGUCUGUUGGUAGUGAUUCAGGACACUCCACAGCUUCCAUCAGGACAGACAAGACUGAGGAACACCGUAUGCCAGGAGUCAAAUGUGGUUUGAGCCCACAAGAGAAGGCAGAACUGGACCAGCUCCUUAAUGGCUUUGGUCUGGAGGAUUCUGUGAACACCACCAAGGAUAUGACUGAUGCUCAAAGCAAGUACAGUGGGACUCACCACAUAGUGCCAGCUCAAGUUCACAUGAAUGGAGUCACCAAAGUGAAGGACAGGGAGACUGAUAUACUGGAUGACGAAAUGCCUAAUCAUGACCUUCACAGUGUGGACAGCAUUGGAACUUUGUCUUCCUCAGAAGGGCAGCACUCUACCCACCUAGGGAACUUUAGUUGUCACAAGAGCAGUCAGAACUCACUGCUUUCAGAUGGCUUUGGAAGUAAUGCUGGGGAAGAGCAUCACAAUGCUUUUGCUGCAGACCUGGGAAUUGGUGUGGAUCUCCUCUAUGAGAGAUCAUUUUCAAGAACUGAGCCAAAGUCAACUCAGCAAUUGCAGCGGAAUCCUUCUGCCUCAGCCCAUCCUCAAGCCUAUGGCCCAAGUAACUACUCUACUCAGUCCUGGGUGCGCCAGCAGCAGAUAGUCACUGCUCACCAAUAUGGUUUUGCCCCAGAGAAUGAAAUUAGGGUUGGCAUUCAUAAUGCUGUGGAGAAUUUGGGCAAUGUCCAGAGCCAAUCUCGAGUCCCAGACAUGCCAACACGUGGCUCCAGCAGCAGAGAUGCUGUGCAGAGAGGACUAGGAAGUAUGCUGGGUGCUGCAGAAACUGAGGAACAUGCAAGUGCUGAGAGUUUUAAGUCAAGGCCAGUGCCUCAAAGGAACACAAAUGGCCUGAAUCUAGGACAGAAUGCUGGGGACUUGCCAGCUUCUCCAACUUUGGAUAUUGAUCAGUCCAUUGAACAACUGAACAGGCUGAUCUUGGAGUUAGACCCUACCUUUGAACCUAUCCCAACCCGCAUUAACACUGUCACCAGCGACGGAAAUCAAGUAAAUGGCUUUGCCAACCUUGAUGUGAAUGUGGAAGAGCUUGAGAUUAGUCCUGUAGGCCGUGACAAAUUAGAGGUCACAAACAGGAAUCACUCCCGGCAUGCAACAGGUAUGCGAGAUGAUGGUGCAACAGGGAAAAGGAUGAGAAAGUUCAGUGUGGGGCAGUAUGACAAUGAUGUCCCUGGGCAGCCAUCGUGUAACAGGUGUGGAUGGAUGACACCUCCUGCUACUGAUGAGGCCAUAAUUCUAGGAUCACCAAUUGCUCUAGGGGAGACCAAGGAGAUGGUUGUUGUAAGUUAUCAAGAUGAAAUAGGUGGAGAAAUCUCCACAACAAAAAAUGGAAAUGAAUCUGUCACAUCCAUGCCAGUUUUUUCCCUGUCACCAGAGAUGACAUACGUGACAACACCUCCACUAUACCAGCAGCGGAUUCUCUCCAGCCAAAAGGUCAGCAGCCCGUCUGAGCUAUACAGAACCAUUCCUGAAUCUCAAAGUUACGUGGAAGCCAUUAACCACUCUGUGGUGAUGCCUGACAGCACUGUGGGCACUAAUCCUUUGCUGAGGGCCGACAUGCAGAUGGAUCUCCCCUUUCAACCCUGUUUUGCAUCUUCUUGUGCUGUUUCAAGUAACAGUCCUAUCCCAGGGGCAGAAAGCUCUCCUGCAACAGAACGUCUUUGGCUUGAAAGCAACCCUAAAGCUUCCCUAUCACCUCAGUUUUCAAUGGGAAACACCAGGCAGCCAGGAGGUUACCUUGUGCCGUCUGAAUUUUCAAAUGCUAUGCAAGAUGUCUCUCUCUUGUCUCAUUUCCAAACUCCAGGACUGCAAGUGGUCACCCUGAGCAACCUGGAGAAUUCACCAGCAGAACCACAGCAAGAACAUGCUAUCAGUAGCAGUGCCCGUGCCUACCUGAGCUACAGUGGGGCUGUCAGGGGCAGUAGCUCUCCUGGAGAGGAGACACAAGCUACUUGCAUAGCCAAUGCUAGCACCUCUCCUAAAACCCUGAGCUCAUCAGUGGCAAGUGCUGAGGAGAGUGGCUUUUUGACACAAAACUUUAUUAGAGUGACCUCUGGACACAAUAACCAGAACAGUACAGUUCAGCAGCACCAUGGAGGGAACGUACGUGCUCAACCGCCUCUUCCAGAGAAGAAGAGGUCCUCUGAAGGAGAAUGUUUCUUUGCCUCCGUGUCACCUUCUUCAAGUGGCUUCUCUAGCCCUCACAGUGGAAGCACAAUCAGCAUUCCCUUCCCAAACAUCCUCCCAGAUUUCUCAAAGAUGUUAAGCCCUUCCCCAGUGCCAGAAAACACAAUUGAUAAACAUGUGACCGUAAAAUUUGUUCAGGACACAUCCAAGUUCUGGUAUAAACCCAAUAUUUCACGAGAACAAGCCAUUGCUGUUCUCAAGGACAAGGAACCUGGGUCGUUCAUUGUUCGAGACAGUCAUUCUUUCCGGGGAGCCUAUGGGCUAGCAAUGAAAGUUGCAACACCACCUCCUUCUGUGCUGCAGUUAAAGAAAGUUGGAGAUUUGUCAAAUGAACUUGUGAGGCAUUUUCUGAUUGAAUGUACUCAGAAGGGGGUACGCUUGAAAGGAUGCCCAAAUGAACCAUAUUUUGGGAGUUUGACAGCUCUGGUGUAUCAGCAUUCCAUCACUCCACUGGCAUUGCCCUGCAAGCUCCUCAUCCCAGACAGAGAUCCCUUGGAGGAGAUAGCAGAAACUUCUCCACAAACUGCUGCAAACUCAGCUGCAGAGCUUCUCAAACAGGGUGCAGCUUGUAAUGUGUGGUACCUGAAUUCAGUGGAGAUGGAAUCCCUCACAGGCUACCAGGCAGUACAGAAAGCCUUGAGCUUGACACUGAUGCAAGAUCCUUCUCCUGUCUCAACUGUUGUCCAUUUCAAGGUGUCUGCACAGGGAAUCACACUGACAGAUAAUCAAAGAAAACUCUUUUUUCGGCGACAUUAUUCAGUCAAUACUGUUAUUUUCUGUGCCUUGGAUCCACAGGACAGAAAAUGGAUGAAAGAUGGCCUUUCUGCAAAAGUGUUUGGGUUCAUUGCCAGGAAGCAAGGCAGUGCCACAGACAACGUAUGCCACCUCUUUGCAGAGCACGAUCCAGAGCAACCUGCCAGUGCCAUUGUGAACUUUGUAUCAAAGGUCAUGAUUGGAUCUCAGAAGAAGAUCUGAUGCCUUUCCAUCCUUGAUUCAGAGCUCUUCACUGACGUCACUGAAGGAAAUCAGUGUGAGAAGGAGAAAGGCUAUUCAGCAACAGUCUGAACCUUGUCAUUCCCAGUAAGGAAAGCAGAGGAUGGUCUGUGUACUUUGUUUGCAAGGGUUCAGGUUUUUAUUUGAAGAUGCCUCUGACUUCACAAAGCACUAUUGCUUUGCUUUCAUAUCAGAUGAUAAAACAAAAGAAGCUGGGUGCCACCCAAACCCAUGUAGCCCAUACCUGAAUGAAGCAUAAACAAAAGACUUCUCCUGAAGGGUUCCUAAUAUAUCUUCACACGCUGUUUCUCAUCAUUUAUUGGAGCAGAAAUGCUCAUUAGAUUGUGCUACUUUUUUGUUCAGAAAGUGUAUAACCUCUACAAACACACUUACCAUGGUUGCAUCAAUGGUAGCUAUAGGCCUUGCAAAUGUGCUUUUAAGAGAAUGAUCAGCUGAGGAAGACUAUUUGCUCUUCCCUUCAUCUUUGUGAUCAGUGAUGGGAACUGAAUGGAGAAAGGGGAAGAUGUAUGUGAAGAGAAGGUUUGUGCAGGUUGAUUUCUGGUAAGAAAGGAGUGGCAGUUGGAAUAUUCAGGAAGAUAGCUCUGUAUUUAGUAUUAAGAGGGCUAGGCUGUUUUACUUUGAAAAUUUUUAAAUAAGGAAAAAGUGACAGAACAAAAAAAGUUUGUGUGGAAAUCUGUUUUGUAAUUAGGGAGGUUUGUAUUGUCUUUAUACAAAGAACUAAGCAGGGAACGUUCUGCAUUUUAAUAAUUACAGGGUAAAAAUGAGGGGAAAACAAAGAGGAAAAUUGUGUAAUUUAUAGUAUAUCUCAGAUCUUGAUAUGUCAUACAGAUCAUUUUGAAACUAUACCAUUGCUGAGCUUUGCCUCUUUACUUAUUUUGUGUAAGUAAAAGUGUGUAUAACCUGUAUAGAGACAAUAGAGUCUGAUAUUUUCACUUUUGUGUUACAGUGACAAGAUACUUUUGUGUUACAGUGUUGUCUCUGCAACACUGAUUUGGUAGUAACAUUUGUUCCCCUACCUAAUAAUUAUAUUUAUAGAUUCUUUUGCCCCCCUUUUGUUGAAUUUUUGAGGAUUUUUUGGCUUUUUUUUAUCAGUAGGAAUUAUUUUUGAUUUAUAAUUCCUUGAGUCAGCAAAUCUGAAAGUGAAUGGAAUUUAUUUUGUUCCUCUGUCCCAUUUCUUGAGAGCAUUUAUGUAUUGAUUUCUACAACCAUCACACUUGUACAUAUCUCGGUAUCUUUCUAAACACAUUGAUAUUUGAAAUGCAUAAGAAAGUGCUAGUUAGCUUUUCAGAAAAUCGAUACAGUAGGUUACAGUGGAAGCCUGCACAAGGAGAGUAAGCCUCUGAGGUCUACUGUGUAAUUCCCAUUCACUCAAAAAGAGCAGUACUAGACCCCUAUAUGAGAACUGGGGGUAAUAAAGGAGCUUUAGUGUUCGCAAGUGCUGAAAAGUUUCAUUGCCUCUAUUUCUUUCAUGUGUGGCUGUCAACAUUAUAUUCAUAACCCGAGGAAUAAAAUGACAUGCUGAAUACUACAUGCUGAAUGCAUGAGCCGCUGGAUUAACUAGUAACUAUACCCACUUUUAGAUUUUAAUCCUUUUAUCCACUGUUACUAAGUAACGGUUAAAUGGAAUGAGAAACUCUGGUUGGGCUGUAUUUUAAGAGGGUUCCACCAAUUUGAACUAGAUUUGUCCUGUAUAAAAUAUGAUGGUUUUUUUUAAUAGCUCUCUUUCCUGAAGUAUUAGGACCAGGGAAACCUUAUUCAGUGACCAUAGCCAAAGUGUUUUAUUUGUGUAACUACGAAUUUUGUGUAAAUAACUUUAUGCUUUUUAAAAGGAAGGGAGUGGGGAAGAGAGGGGAAGAUAAGAAAGAUUUGCAUUGGGACCAGAAAGUGGUGUAUUAGUAGCAGGGGGCAUUGGAUGUCUGUGAAAGGGUGAAGCAAUCCAAAGAGCAAUAGCUACCAUUGAAGCAACAAAGGCUCUGAUUUUAACAAAUAAUUUUGUUCUUCUGGCACAGAGGUAUACUGCUUAAAGAGUUUAUGUACCAUCCAAAAAAAGAAUGCAGUUCUUACUUCCAGGAGUUCUGCUCCUUUUAAAAAAUGUUAGGACGAGUUUUCUUUUAAUAUUCUUUUGGUGUACAAAGAUUCCAGUUGCCUAAUGUAGUCAGCCAGUUGGAGCCCAGAGAAUUUCUUCAGCUGACAUCUCAGUUAGAUUUAAGUCUCAGUUAGAUUUAAAUCUGAUGCAUUGUGAGCAUUGAAAUGAGGAAGAAUUUUUUACUCUAUUUUUUCACUUCUGUAGAAAGUACUUAAAUUUUAGUGUGUCUUCUCAGACACCAAGUGUUGGCCUUUGGGCUGAAGAUAAAAUGUCUUUUUUCUCAUGUAUUGUUAUUUCCAUUCAGGGCCUUACUUUUUAUUCCUUGUGCUUUUUCAAGGUCUUCUAAAUUCAAAAGCAUAAGGGAUUGAAUGCUGAAACUCCUGGUGGUAUUUCCUGGGAGUUUAGCUCUACUUGGUAAGUGAGAAAAAAGAAGUUACCCUGUUUCUAAGGGAAGUUUUCUGUUAUGCAUUCCUUUGGAUGGUAUAGUGCCAUGUGCUCUUGCUUUUUAAUGAAUUAAAAAAUGCACAAAGCAAAAUAGUUCAGUAUGUACCAUUAUGUAGUGUAUGUAGAAAGAUAUUCAUGGAACUUAUAUGUUCAAGGCAAAUACAAGACUAAAUCUUUAACACAGCACUUUCUUUCAAGAUUUUUGGUAGAUGUGUAUAUGCAGUUUCAUAACUAAUGGCAGCAAGUUGACACAUGCAUUUAACCAGACUCCUGUUAACAUAGUUAGUAAAUAUGGUACUAUAAUCAUACAGUGUUAAUAAAAAAAUGCUAAAAGCCAUGUUUUUAAUUAAAUGGUCUCAGUGUAUCCAACAGUAUCAUUAAAAAUUUAAUGUUUCUUUCUUGGUUUUUCUAUUAGUGAAAAUUUUUACUUUUUUCUUGAAACUGUAAAGAAGCAUCUGAAGGUCUGCAGUAUAUAAAUGAAUCUUUCUAUAAAUUCUUUGUAUAGUCAUUUUCUCUGCUCUUCAGAUACCACCUCUUUCAGAAUUAUAAUAAAAUUACAAAUGUGGAAUUCCAUAA